AGCGAACAAAGAGCACAGCAGCACCAUGAACGCACUCGAAUUCCUCGCAAUCAUUGUAGUCGUAGCCACGGCCGUGAAUGCCGGCUUCAUUGGCGGCUACGGAGGCUACGGUGGUUACGGUGGUGGCUACGGUUACGGCGGUUACGGAGGCUACGGCCUUGGACAUGGGUACGGAGGCUAUGGCGGAGGCUACGGCCAUGGACUUGGAUAUGGAGGCUAUGGAGGAUUUGGAGGUUACGGCCUCGGAUUCGGCAAGGUCAUCAGAAUUGGCUACGGAGGAUACGGUGGAUAUGGCGGCUACGGAGGCUACGGUGGAUACGGAGGUUAUGGCGGCUAUGGAGGCUAUGGAGGCUAUGGCGGCUAUGGCGGCGGUUAUGGAAAGUACUGGUAGAUACAACUUCGCAGCAUUGUAACCAUGCCACCUUUAACUGGACAUCUCAUGUACACAUCAUCACACUAAAUUGACCAAAAACGAAGGAAAUGAUGCAAUAAAUUACAUUUUGAGUGAAGCA